AAUAUUCGAAUUUAUGAUAGUCUAAUUUUUGUAAAUAGUUAUGAGUAUUAUUAUUUUUGUAAAUAGUUAUGAGUGUUAUGGAAUGCAUUUGUAUAGAAAUUGAAAUGAACACUUUUUCGAAUUUAUGUUUCCCUUCCACUCCCAAUCCCCUAUUUAGAACCUUGGCAAGCAAUCAAGUAAUUUUAUUCAUUGUUCACUUUAAUGUGGAUUGAUUUUUCAGGACUUGUCUCAUCCUUUCCUUGCCAAGGCAAUCAAGUAAUUUUAUUCAUUGUUCACCACCUCUCUCAUCCCCUCUUCCUUUGAGCCAAAGCAAAAGUAUGAAAAAUAAAAUGAGGUACUUAGAUCAACUUGGAAUAGCAUCCUGCUACAGCACUAAAGUCUAUUGCAGGCAGACUUUAAUUGGAGGGAACUAUGGCCUUCUCAAUACCACCACCUUUGCUCCCAAUCUUGACUACUACAGUGCAGUUUUGUGGCAUCAGCUAAUGGGAAAGAAGGUUCUUGCGGUCUCAAGUGAUGUUCAUAUUAAAGACUUUUACCUAUAAUUAGGAAAUGUAAGUAGAAGUUAAUGACUUUUACCUACAGUUGAAGAUAAUAGGUACAUAUUAAAGACUUUUACCUACAGUUAGGAAAUGUAAGUAGAAGUUAAUGACUUUUACCUACACACUAUACAUAGUAGGUAAAACCUAUAGUGACAGACAAUUAGCUGUCACUAUACGCCCCCUCAGAGUUGACAGAAGAAACG